GUGUAGCGCCUCCCCACCAUCGCCGUUUGAAUGCUGUGUAGUUUUUUCUUGUUUCGUUUUUUGUUGCAAUGCUUGUAUUGCAGAUUCUCGCAGCACCCAGAGACUAGUGGGAGCCAGGAGUUGUGAGGAACUCAAGUUGUUGAGUUUCUCUCGUUUUUCCGAGCCGGAGUUUUAGUGUAUACAUAUACAUAUGUGCAUAUAUAUAUAUAUAUAUAUAUAUAUAUAUUAUUUUAGUGAUGAGACGAGUUGGUGUUGUGUGCGUAGAAGGCCCGUGGCGUUGGAGAGAGAGAGAGGGACAAGGCGUUGUUCAGAAUUCAGGUUGAAUUGGUGUUGUUGAUCGUAGGGCGGGGAGAUCGUUGUUGAUAUCUCUGGUUGUACGGUGUGUGUGUGUGUGUGUGUGUGUGUGUGUUGUUGAAUGAGAGCUCGUGCAUGGAUUUCGAGCGUUUUUCGAUUACGAGGGAAGCGGUCGCAGAUCUGAGUUUGGAGUGUGACGUUCGAUGAGCUUUGUUGUUGGUGGUGGGCGAGUUAUGAUUUCGGUGGCAGAGGAAAUGUAGCUGUUUCGACGUUCUGUUGGGACAUUGGAUCCAUGCUGGGAUGUACGACUUCGUGAUAUCACUCCUGUGCGAUGUGAAUGCCUCGAAUGGAUGAGGUGCAGCAACAUCGCUUUGAAAUGCAGAGGCUUCUCGAAUGCCUGUACCGUUUUCCGAGCAUUUGGAUGCAUUUAUAUUGGAACUCAGUUUACACGAGAGUGCAAUUUGGGACUGGCGCAUACGAAUCGGACAAAGGAAUUCAACCGUAUGAUUGACUCUCAUUAACGCAAUCUUGUGGGGAGGAAUAGAAGCAAACAGUAGCAUUCAUUUGGAUCCCGUGUCACUUAAAGGAAAAGCAUAGAGGAGUUUCUUGUAUCGGUGGUCGGGGAAAAUCUAUGGAAGUAUACAGUAGGUACCCAGAUCGUAAACCUAGUGUUAUUAGGAUGCAGGUGUACAGCAGGGGCUAAGAGCGUGAUUUGCGCUAUGUCUUCAAAGCCCCGCCUGGGAUGAGAAAUUUAGUAUCAAAGGUGGGCGUUGGCAACUAGCGAUUCUUGCAUUGUGAGCUUGAAAGCAUGACAAAAUUUCCAACUUUGUAAAGCAUCUGAAAGGAUUGAGGGUCGAUUGCUUUGAGGUGCACUCAAGGUGUGUGAAGCGAAGGAGUUUCAAUGGCUCUAACCUUUAUUGAUUCUACCAAACUUAGUGGGAGAGAUUAUUUCUCAGACAGCGGCAGAGAUUAUGAAGACCUUUCAAGCCUUUCCAUCCUUUCCUCGAGAAUGGGUAUGAGUGAAAAUGGGUUAAACGGGCCGCAUUUCAAGCGUGUGGUGCGCCGAUCUUCCAGUCAGAGUUUGGAUAUAGAUCCUUUGCUGAGCGGUAAUUUGGAUAGCUAUCCUCAUUUGAAGGAACUGCUACAGAGCUAUAAAGCAGAGUGGGUUAAAGAUGACAACAAGUAUGGGCGUUAUGAUGCUGUGCUGCCACCUGUAUUUGAGUCACAAGUUUUCGAAAGUCCUGAUACAGAUGUAGAGACAGAGUUGCGCCUUGCAACAAGGGGCCGGUAUGUUGACGAGGAAGAGGUUAGCACUUCGGGAAGGCUCUCAUCAGAAAGCGACCCAGAUGCUGUUUAUGCUAAAAAGCACUAUGGGGGGCCUCCAUUACCUUGCUAUUAUCCUGUUUUCAAUUGGCAUGCAGAGAGAUCUGCUAUCUUUGGUCAAAGGACACCAGAGCUACCACCUUCACUCUCUACCAGUGGAUUGAAGAUUUCCGUGAAGCUUGUUUCGCUCGCUAUGCAAGCUGGACUUGUUGAACCCGUGUAUGGAACCAUGUGUCUGUACAACAAGGAAAAACGUGAAAAGCUUUCAGAAGACUUUCACUUUCGAUUCCUACCUUCAGAAUUUCUGGAUGACAAUUGUGGAGGUCAAAGGAGUGUUCUUUUCUCAUUGGAAGCUGGUUCCCCAGCCAUUUGUUUACUUAUUCAAUUUGAAAAACAUGUGACUGAGGAAGGAGGAGUUUCUCCAUCUGUGUAUACCCGCAAAGAACCUGCAUAUCUAUCGGAACGGGAAAAGCAGAAGCUGCAAGUUUGGGCACGAGUGAUGCCUUUCAGGGAGCCAUUUGCUUGGGCUACAGUUUCGCUUUUUGACUCUAGUGUUACUGGAGGUGUCGGGGGUUUUACAUCACCAAGCAGUCCAUUACCUUCUAGUUUGUUGGGAUCUGGACUAAUGGAAGCAGCCGUAGACAUUGACGGACAGUUAAUUGCAAGUGCCGAUUCAAAGCAUCAUGAGUCUAGGCAUCAUGAACCUGUCCUUGUCGAUGUACCUGGACUGAAUCGUGUGAAGGAGAACUACAUGGAGGAGACUCUGCUGGAUCCGAAACGCCUAACGCACAAGCCGGUAAAGGCAACCCUGCGUCUUGAAGUGGAGAGGGUAUCACAAGAAGACGUGGAACGAGGUUCUUUAUCUGAAUGUGGCAGUUUUAGCAAUAGUUCAAUAGAUGGGGAGGGCAGAGAGUCGUCACUGCCCAGGCAUUUACGACAUGCUUCUUCCGGUUACUCGAGAGGAGCUUUAAGUGGACGUCUCAAGUUGAGUUCCAUGGAUAAGCGUCGACUUGCACAUUCUGUCAGCGCAAACAGCUUCGACUUUCCUCGUCCUCAGUUCAAAGCCAUUGAAUUUCGAACAUCCAAUAGAGGCGAGCCAAUGUCACAGGUGUUGCAUUGCUUGUAUAUUUACCCUCAAACAAUUAAUCUGAGCAAGAAGCGGAAUUUAUUUGUGCGAGUGGAGCUUCGUAAAGAUGAUUACGAUAUUCGGCAACCUCCAUUGGAAGCCCUAUAUCCAAGAGAUUCAGACAGCAACAUGCAAAAGUAUGGCCAUUCUCAAGUUGAUGUAAAUGUCAAAAUUCCUCAUUUUCAUGAUGAAUUCAAGAUUCGUCUUCCAGCUGUGAUCACCCCACAGCAUCACGUACUCUUCACAUUCUUUCAUGUGGAUCUUCAGAUGAAACUUGAGGCUCCAAAGCCAGUGGUUGUCGGAUAUUCUGUUCUUUCUUUAUUUAUUGGUGUUCAGGUGCAUCGAUUAGAUGGUACUUUACCUGUAGUGAAAGAGCUCCUCCCUCAUUAUUUGGAUGAGAGUGUCAAGGAGAAAAUGGAGUUAUUAGAUGAAGGCAAAGCAGUUUUCAGGCUUCGAUCUCGAUUGUGCUCGUCUCUUUAUCCUGUGAAUGCGAAAAUUCGAGAAUUCUUUGCUGAAUAUGACAGAUAUAUCUUACACACAUCUCAUCCUUUGGGGAAUGAACUGUUGGAGGCAAUUGGUGGAUUGAAGCUUGUCGACCCGUCAGACAUGCUACAGUUUCUCCUGCCUACAUUGAACAUGUUACUGCGCAUGAUAGGUGACGGUGGGGAGACACUUCAGGUUGCUGCUUUUCGGGCGAUGGUGACCAUCAUCACAAGCAGGUUGCGACAGGAAAGUCCAGAUGGAGGGGGAGAUCGCAACAAGUACCUGGUUCAAUAUGUUGAUUACUUCUUUGACGAUUUUGGAGGUGUUUUGGAACCUGUCUACCCAGGGCUUUGCAGUGUCUGGCGCAGUCUUGCUCGCAGUAAGGCCAAAGGUUACAGGGUAGGUCCCGUCUAUGACGACGUACUAUCAAUGUCAUGGUUUUUUCUUGAACUCAUUGUGAAGUCUAUGGCACUUGAGCAAGCUCGCAAGUUCUCUGAGAACCUUCCUCCUGGUGAGGAUUUACCACCUCUGCAACUCAAUGACGAGGUCUUGAAAAGCGUUGGUCAGCUCUAUGACUGCUUGCUCACUGAGAUUCACGACUGCUGUAAGAAGGGUCUACCACUCGUAAAACGACUAAACAAUAGCAUUGCAUUUUUCUGCUACGAUCUUCUCUCAGUCAUUGAGCCCAGGCAGGUUUUUGAACUGGUGGCGCUUUACUUUGAUAAGUUCAGUGGUAUCUGUCAAUCUAUGGUGCAUGAGUGCAAGCUCAACUAUCUUCGCAUAAUAUCCGAUCACGACCUCUUUGUAGAGAUGCCUGGUCGGGAACCUUCAGAAAGGAAUUACCUAGCAGCUGUUCUAAUGCAGGAGCUCUUCAUUACUUUCGAGCUUGAGGAUGCCUCUUUGAAACUCAAGGCUGCUCGAACACUUGUUGUUCUAAUGGCCAAGCAUGAAUAUGAUGCUCGAUAUCAAACCUUGGACGACAAAAUGUACAUUGCUCAACGCUAUUUCCCCUUAAUCCUUCACAUUUUGGAGGAAAUGCCUGUUUUUUACAACUUGAACUCUCCAGAGAAGCGCGAGAUUCUGGUGUGUAUGCUUCAAUACCUUCAUCACCUAGACGAUACUACUUUGAUCAAGGCGUGGCAACAAAGCGCAGCCCAAACAAGACUCUUUUUCAAGUUGCUUGAAGAUAGCCAGAAUUUGUUUGAGUACAAGAAGGCUGGAGCUGAUGGUUUAAUGGGUGCCAUGUCUAAAUCUGACCAAGGUGAUGGAGUCAUCCGCUACACGGAAAAGUUGUCACCAUCUGUUAACUUAUUUUUGGCGGAAGCUUCUCGUCACGAUGGUCGGGUAUGCGUUGCUUAUACAUUGAGCAAAGUGUGGUCAAACACUCCAGCUACCUCAGAUAACGGUAGUUAUUUUUGGAAGCGAGUUAGUCCUCAAAUGAGUUCUCCAACGCAAGUGUACAGGGAGAUUUCAACCCAUGGAUUAGGCCUAGGCCCAACCUCUGGAAAAUCGAGUGCACAACUUCGUGCUAGUCUGCAUCCUAUGCUACGACAUAAGCUCGAAAUGUGGGAGGAAAAUCUCAGUGCUUCUGUAACCCUACAGAUCUUGGAAAUUGUUGAAAAGUUUAUGGAUGCUGCAGCAGUUCAUGUGGCAGUAACUGACUAUGUUAAGCUUGACUGUAUCACAACUAUCUUCAUCGGCUUCCUGAGCCGUAGUCAACCCCUACCGUUCUGGAAAGCGUUUCUGCCAGUCUUCAAUUCUCUUUUUAAGAGUCAUGGCUCAAUCUUGAUGACUCGAGAGAACGAUAGGUUUUUAAAACAAGUGGUGUUUCAUCUGCUGCGCCUUGCUGUGUUUAGAAACGAAUCCAUUCGCAAAAUGGCAGUUGUGGGACUUCAGAUUCUUGUUCGCACAUCUUUUUGUUGCUUUCAGAACAUCUCAAGGUUGAGAGUUAUGCUGACUAUCACUCUAUCAGAGUUGAUGUCAGAUGUGCAAGUCACUCAAACAAGAAUGGAUGGCGUGCUGGAAAGGAGUGGUGAAGCCCAGCGCCUUCAGAAUUCUUUAAAGCAAAUGGCUAUGGCUUCUUACAGCGAAGAGUUGUUGCGUGAAUGUGGUCUUCCUGAAGAUACAUUGGAUGCUAAUUUUGACAAUGAAGGCAAAGAGUUCUGGAAUUGGUCAGAAGUGAGCGAUUUGUCGGAGACACUUUUGAAAGCACUUGACGCGGCAACUGAUCAUGCCCUUAUGGCGCCAUCAAUGAUGACAGACAAGUAUUCUACUACUGAAGGAUUUUACUGCCUGGCUUGGGCUUACAAAAAUGUCCCAGAUUUGCAUAUUAUGUGGCUUUUAUAUCUGUGUGAUGCCCAUCAACAAAACCAAUCAUGGGCUGAAGCUGCUCAGUGUGCAGUUGCUGUAGCAGGUGUUAUAAUGCAGGCAAUAGUUGGACAGAAGGACAAUCUUUGGGGUAAAGAUCAUGUGGCUGCUCUUUGCAAGAUUUGCCCUAUGCUCAGAGGUUCUGUUGUUGGAGAGGCAGCGUCUGCUGAAGUGGAGGGCUAUGGAACAUCGAAGUUGACAGUAGAGUCGGCUGUAAAAUACCUGCAAUUAGCUAACAAACUGUUUAUUCAAGCAGAGCUUUUUCACUUUUGUUGCAACAUUCUGGAGCUUAUCAUCCCAGUUUACAAGGCCCGAAGAUCUUAUGGUCAGCUAUCUAAGUGCUACACAUCUCUGUGCAGCAUUUAUGAGGCUUUACAAGAGCAAGAAGCAAGUCCUAUUCCGUUCAAGGAUGCAACAUAUUACAGGGUUGGAUUUUACGGCUCGCAGUUUGGAAAAAUGGACCGCAAAGAGUAUGUCUACAGAGAGGCGCGUGAUGUCCGUUUAGGUGAUGUCAUGCAAGCUAUGGGAACCAUUUAUGAGUCUAAAGUAGUGGAAGGUGGUCAAACACUACAUAUCAUUCCUGAUUCUCGUCAAGUGAGUGAUCAGGAUCUUAAACCUGGAGUAUGCUACUUACAAAUAACAUCAGUCGACCCUGUUCUCGAAGAUGAGGAUCUAGACCUCCGUAAGGAAAGGAAACCUCCCGAGAGUACUUCAAGAGUAACUACGCGAGUCUUUGAUCGUUUCUUAUUUGACACUCCUUUUACCAAGAAUGGACGAACACAGGGAGGGUUAGAAGCCCAGUGGAAGCGUCGAACUAUUUUGCAGACUGAGGGGCCUUUUCCUGCUCUUGUCAAUCGUUUAUUGGUGAUUCAGUCAGAAUCUCGUGAGUUCUCGCCCAUUGAGAAUGCCAUCGGCAUGAUUGAGGGCCGCUACAAGGCUUUAUUAGGUGAACUUGAAGAGCAUGAAAGAAUGGAUGGCGACCAGGCCCCACGAUUGCAGAGCCUGCAGCGAAUAUUGCAAGGAAGCGUAGCUGUUCAGGUAAACAGUGGAGUACUUGGAGUGUGCACUGCGUUCUUGUCAGGGGAGCCAACAACUAAGCUGCGUUUAGAAGAGCUUCACCAACUAAUAUCUGUGUUGAUGGAGUUUAUGGCUGUAUGCAAAAAGGCCAUUCGCGUUCAUUCUAGGUUAAUUGGAGAAGAGGAUCAAGAUUUUCAUUCAAAUCUAGUGAUCGGUUUUCAGUCUCUAAGAGAAGAGCUUUCUCGUUACAUUCCUGCCAUAUUACCCGAACUUUGAGAGCUGGAAGAUCGUUUUGAAUUAUGCCAAAGAAUCGAAGGUAGUUUCGGUGUUCGUUUCGACUGGGUUCCUGGAGGCAGCUAUGUUAGGCAGCUAUCACUUCUUCGAGAGUGAUAUCCUUGAUGAUUUGGAGUAGCCCAUCUCAGGUGACAUGACCCAUCCUUGAGAAUCGACUCGACAUAUCCCUUAACGAGUCGCAGACCAAUUGUCUCUUGUGUGGUUUCGGUAAUCGUAGAAUGAGUUGGCAAGGAACAUAACCUUAAGCUGAUUGUGGCAAUCGGAUGUAAGGAAGUAGACUCUUAGCGAGUAGUUGUGUAGUCCCCCAAUUGCGGGUCUCAAAGAUUUUUAUGUACAUUUGCAGCCCCCUAUUUGGGACCGUGUCAUACUGAUUUGUUGUAAACAAUAGUGAGAUGAUGGCCUAGUUAGCAGGCAACCUGGAAGUUAAGUUCCGAACUAGGAUCUGGAUCCUGCACUUCUUUUCUUAGAAUUUGUUCCUAAGCCACACUUUGCUGUUAUUGAUGUAGUAUACUGCCGAGCA